ACGCGGCCCGGGCAGGAGCCCAGCCGGAGCCGGAGCCGGAGCCGGAUCCGCAGCCGCAGAGACGUGGAAACAUGGAGGCCUGAGCUGGCGUGCGCACCCGGGCUGCGGCGGCGACCACAGCUUCUCCCUGUCCUCCUCUGCCACCCGCUCAUCGGUCAAUGAACUGGAAGCGGAUCUCCCCGCCGGCUGAGGCAGGUUGUGUUGUGGAAAUGAAGGUUUAAGGACAAAUUAUUUUCCACAUUAGAAGAUGGGAUCGAACAGCAGCAGAAUCGGUGAUCUUCCUAAAAAUGAGUACUUAAAAAAGUUAUCAGGCACAGAAUCUGUCUCUGAGAAUGACCCGUUCUGGAAUCAGCUUCUCUCGUUUUCUUUCCCUGCACCAACCAGUAGUACUGAGUUGAAGCUCCUGGAGGAGGCAACCAUUUCAGUCUGCAGGUCUUUAGUUGAGAACAAUCCUCGAACAGGAAACUUUGGUGCGCUAAUUAAGGUCUUCCUUUCUAGAACCAAAGAACUAAAACUUUCUGCAGAAUGUCAGAACCACAUCUUCAUUUGGCAGACACACAAUGCUUUGUUUAUUAUUUGCUGUUUGCUGAAAGUGUUCAUCUGUGAGAUGUCAGAGGAGGAAUUACAACUUCAUUUCACUUAUGAAGACAAAUCUCCUGGCACUUACAGUUCUGACUCAGAAGAUCUUUUGGAAGAAUUGCUCUGCUGUUUGAUGCAGUUAAUCACCGAUAUUCCACUCUUAGAUAUCACAUAUGAGAUAUCAGUAGAAGCCGUAUCAACCAUGAUUGUUUUCCUUUCCUGCCAACUCUUCCACAAGGAAGUUUUGCGACAGAGCAUCAGUCACAAGUAUUUGAUGCAAGGUCGAUGUCUUCCAUACACCAGCAAACUUGUGAAAACCUUAUUGUAUAACUUCAUCAGACAAGAAAAGCCGCCGCCUCCGGGAGCGCACGUUUUCCCUCAGCAGUCAGAGGCGGGAGGACUGCUCUACGGCCUUGCUUCAGGAGUAGCAACUGGACUCUGGACUGUCUUCACACUGGGCGGUGUGGGCAGCAAAGCAGCUGCCACCCCAGAACUUUCUUCCCCUCUGGCCAACCAGAGUCUCCUGCUUCUGCUGGUGCUGGCCAACCUGACAGAUGCUGCAGAUGCUCCAAACCCCUACAAGCAGGCCAUUAUGUCCUUUAAGAAUACACAAGAUAGCAGUCCUUUCCCCUCAUCAGUUCCACAUGCUUUCCAGAUUAACUUUAACAGUUUGUACACAGCUUUGUGUGAACAGCAGACGUCUGAUCAAGCAACCCUCCUCUUGUAUACGUUGCUCCAUCAGAACAGUAAUGUGAGAACGUAUAUGUUGGCUCGCACAGAUAUGGAAAAUCUUGUUUUACCAAUUCUUGAGAUUCUAUAUCAUGUUGAAGAAAGAAAUUCACACCAUGUGUAUAUGGCCCUUAUAAUACUAUUGAUCCUUACGGAAGAUGAUGGCUUCAAUAGAUCCAUUCACGAAGUGAUAUUAAAAAAUAUUACUUGGUAUUCAGAACGAGUUUUAACUGAAAUUUCUCUGGGGAGUCUCCUGAUAUUGGUCGUAAUAAGAACCAUUCAGUACAACAUGACAAGGACAAGAGACAAGUACCUUCACACAAAUUGUCUGGCAGCCUUAGCAAAUAUGUCGGCACAGUUUCGUUCUCUCCAUCAGUAUGCUGCCCAGAGGAUCAUCAGUUUGUUUUCCUUGCUGUCUAAAAAACACAACAAAGUUCUGGAACAAGCCACACAGUCCUUGAGAGGUUCGCUGAGCUCCAAUGACGCUCCUCUACCAGAUUAUGCACAAGACCUAAAUGUCAUUGAAGAAGUGAUUCGGAUGAUGUUGGAGAUCAUCAAUUCCUGCCUGACAAAUUCUCUUCACCACAAUCCAAACUUGGUGUAUGCACUGCUCUACAAACGGGAUCUCUUUGAACAAUUUCGAACUCAUCCUUCAUUUCAGGAUAUAAUGCAGAAUAUUGAUCUGGUGAUCACCUUCUUUAGCUCAAGGUUGCUCCAGGCUGGAGCUGAGCUGUCAGUGGAACGGGUCCUGGAAAUCAUCAAGCAAGGGGUUGUUGCCCUGCCCAAAGACAGGCUGAAGAAAUUUCCAGAAUUGAAAUUCAAAUAUGUGGAAGAGGAGCAGCCCGAGGAGUUUUUUAUCCCCUAUGUCUGGUCUCUGGUCUACAACUCAGCAGUGGGCCUCUACUGGAACCCACAGGACAUCCAGCUGUUCACCAUGGAUGCCGACUGAUGGCGGGCGCCGUCUCCCACCCUGACCCCCUCCAGCCAAGCAGCCCUUCUAGUUAUUUUCUUUCUGGCGAACAGAACCAGACCGACUGCCUGGUGCAUCUUCUAUUAAAGAGCAUCACACAGGCGUGUUUCCCUUGCACACUCGGAUUUGGAGAAUUGGUGCCAGUUGGCAGUAGAUCACUCAGCUUAGAUUGUAGUGCAAAAAAAGUUGGGGGGGGGGGCAAUAAUAAAUGUAAAAACCUA